CUCACGCCCCUCCACCUGGCUGCACUGCAGGGCCACGACAUGGUCAUCAAGGUGCUAGUGGGCGCCCUGGGAGCUGACCCCAUGCGCCGUGACCACAGCGGCCACCGGGCCUACCACUAUUUGCGUCCCGACGCCCCCCAGAGUCUGCGGGAACUGUCGGGGGCAGAGGACUGGGAGCCGGCGUGCGGGAGCGAUCGCCACAACACCAAUAACAACAGCAGCGGGGCCGCUUCGUGGACGUCGCGACGGACCCUGAGCGCUGCGGGAGCCACGGCCGUGGAGACGAACCACAGAGCGGCGACCCCGCUGGCUAGAGUGAAAGAAGCCGUGGGCAUCCGGGUGGCGCAAAUCCAUGGCCUCUUCCGCCAUCUGUUCCCCUUCUUCCAAGACCGUUGAGGGCGACAGAGACUAGAGAGCUAGAAGAGACAGGCCUUAUCCUCGGGUUGUUCCACCAUCGCCACCGAAGAAGAGGCGCCUCUGACCCAGUUUGGACCCGUGAGGAGCAGACCACACUGGCCUGACUCAGGUACCUGUCCCAGCCAGAAGGACCCAGAGGCUAGGGCAGCCCCUAACGGAGGGAGAGCCCAGGAUCAAACCCAAAAGGUCCAGCUAAUCCUGCUUUGGAGAAAAAAACAGUAAGUGUCCUGUAGCCAUUUCUGGGCUGGCGGAAACGCUGGUUUGUAGGGCAGCAUUCACCAGAAGAAUGAGUUAAAACUGUAAAGCACUGGUGCAGAGGAAAUGCUCGGCUGCCUGCCUGACCCUGCCAUUGCUGAAUCUCACUGCACGGGUGGUCAGUCCCUGGUGAUGUACCCGGAGACUACCCAGCGCUUCCCAGUACUGUUCUGAUGUAUCACCGAUGACUUCUUAAGUAUAUUAAAGCGCAGUCCUUUCUCCCUUCAUAUGACAGGCGUGCCUUUUGUCCUUCUUAAUGACAAAGGGGGAAGCUGCAUAUGUUUCCUGGGAAGAGGGCACCAAACCAA